GUUGUCACGCUCGAUCCAAUCGCUCGUUCUGAGUGUCGCAUAUUUUCGUGUUUGCCAUUCAUAUCUACACUACAGUUGUUGUGGUGGAGGUAUUGCGGCGAGAAUCAAGAUAACACACCCAUCCCCGUUCAGAGGCUAAAUGUUGAAUGUUGAUAGCACUGGUGAAAUCUAUCAGUGUUGAUACGGCUGCUCACUAACGAUGUCGGCGGUGGCGACGACGGGACGAUUUCUGGCAUGACAUAGUCGUGUGUUGCAUAAUCGAAAGUAAGAAAACGCGUGCGCGAGAGUUGCAGGCAUUUCUAUAGUGUGUAAUAGAAAUCCCUUUUGCUGCACUGUCCGUGACUGCUGACGACGAGACGCAGGUCAUAGGACACACUCUACAACCUUUUGCUCUUUGCGGAGUGUAAAGUACGUCUGUUGGAGAAGCUUUCGAGUGCAUGAAAGAAAAAAAAACGGCUACGAGCUCUAUCGCCGUCACCACAAGUCGACUUCAAUUUGUUUGCAGUAUUACUUUAUUAGUCUGAAGGACGACUUGCCGGUUUCUGUUUGUAAACCGGGAGCAGGUGUCGGGUUUACGAAGUUGCCCUGGCAGUGAUUUGCGACUGCCAGCCACACACACCGAAGGCGGUCCUGCAUUAUAAAUCAGCUGUUCAGUUCAAGUUUAUGCAGGGUAUCACUCGAUUAGACAGUCACACUAUUCCUUCAAAACGAUACCGAAGCGAAUCAACAUCAGCAGAACGACCGGGCGCAAUGUCUCGCCGCAAUUCAUCGAGCUUGCAACGUAGGCCAUCCACUAGGACUACGUCCGAAACCUGAAAUCAGCGCUAAGAAAUCUAUCACCAUAGUUGUUGGUGAAGUGAAUCAAUCAAAUGAUGAAGUGAAGGAUUAGCAUUACAGUGAAUCACAUCACAUCCGAAUAAUCUUAUUUUUUCAACUACGUUGCCGCGAGUGAGAAAAAUUAUCAGAAAAGUGUUCAUUGAUUUAAAACGCGAAAAGUGUAAUCGCGUUUAGGAAAACACAUCACCAGUUAGAACAGCAGAGCAGAAAAUGCUGAAUUCCAUUUCGAAGCAUCUGCUGCACUGCACGUUGCUCAUCACGUUGCUUAUAGUGUUUGAAGUGUUUUCCGGUGGAAUAAAAAUCAACGAGAAUAGUUUUGUGGCGAUCGAUCCCUGGGAAGAGUACGGCACGAUACUGACCAUUUUGCUGUACACGCUGCGAUUGCUUACAUUCCUUACGUUGCCCCAGGUGCUGUUCAACUUUUUUGGAUUAGUAUUUUACAAUGCCUUCCCGGAAAAGGUAGUGCUGAAGGGGUCGCCUCUGUUGGCACCCUUCAUUUGUAUUCGUGUCGUAACCCGCGGUGACUAUCCCGAUCUAGUCAAAUCGAACGUCAUGCGAAACAUGAACACCUGUUUGGAUACAGGAUUGGAAAAUUUCCUCAUCGAAGUAGUGACCGAUAAACCCGUGAAUCUGUCGAAGCAUCGACGGACCCGGGAAAUUGUUGUGCCCAAGGAUUACAAAACGAAAACCGGUGCAUUGUUCAAGUCACGGGCAUUGCAAUACUGCUUGGAGGAUAGCGUAAACGUACUUAACAACAACGACUGGGUGGUGCAUUUAGACGAGGAAACGCUACUUACGGAAAACAGUGUCCGCGGAAUCAUCAACUUUGUCCUGGAUGGAAAACAUCCAUUUGGGCAAGGAUUAAUAACCUACGCCAACGAGAAUGUGGUGAAUUGGCUCACAACGUUAGCCGAUAGUUUUCGGGUGUCUGACGAUAUGGGAAAGCUUCGGUUACAAUUUAAAAUGUUCCAUAAGCCAUUCUUCAGCUGGAAGGGUAGCUAUGUGGUUACUCAGGUCCACGCAGAGAAGGAAGUCUCGUUCGACAACGGUAUCGAUGGUUCGGUAGCCGAGGAUUGUUUCUUCGCUAUGCGCGCUUUCGCAAAAGGAUACACUUUCAAUUUCAUCGAAGGUGAGAUGUACGAAAAAUCCCCGUUCACGCUUUUGGACUUCCUGCAGCAAAGGAAACGUUGGCUGCAAGGAAUUCUACUGGUAGUCCACUCGCAUACCAUUCCUCUGCGGAACAAACUCCUAUUGGGAAUCAGCGUCUACUCCUGGGUGACGAUGCCACUUUCCACUUCGAAUAUGAUCUUCGCCGGAUUGUAUCCCAUACCAUGCCCAAAUUUAGUGGACUUUUUAUGUGCAUUCAUCGCCGGCUUCAACAUUUACAUGUAUGUUUUCGGGGUAAUCAAAUCAUUUUCGCUGUACCGAUUUGGGGUGGUGAAAUUUCUCGCAUGUGUUCUGGGGGCCCUGUGCACUAUUCCGAUCAAUGUGAUCAUAGAAAAUGUGGCCGUCAUUUGGGGAUUAGUCGGCAAGAAGCACAAAUUUUAUGUGGUGCAAAAAGAUGUAAGGGCGCUCGUUACAGUUUAAUGUGGGAAUCAUGCUUAUUUAAGCCUUAAGCGGUUUAUGAUAUUUACAAAAGCCUAUUUCCCCAUGAGUAUGGCCAGGUAAAGUACUUUAGUACACUAUCGGAAAAUAGGCUUCUACGAAUCCAUAGAUUUUUUUGCGUCAGAGGAAAAGUAAGAUUAGAGGUUUAGCUGUUUACCUUAUGUAUAUUUAGUAGGUCUGUUUAGUAUUUUUAACUAAAAUACCAUAAAAGUUUAUGUAGAUGUUAAGGUCACAUGUUUAUGUUGGUUUAUGUCAAAAAAAAAAAUACAUCACAUGUUACAGGAACAGAUGGUUUUCCUUAUAUCAUUUUUGCUUAUUUGGAGUGGCAAUAAGUUAGGAGAAGCUGAUCAGAAAAUAAUAAAAUCAUAUCUGGAGAUUUUCAUUGUUAUUUAUUUUCGUGUAUAUUUUUGUAGCGAUAUUUUGCCGUGAUAUACAUUUUACGUGUAAAGUUAUUAUAUUUGAGAACCAUGUUCUCCAACGUGUAGUAUAUGUAAUUGGCAUUUUCUUCCGUUUAUUUAAAGAAACUUGAGAUUCUACUACUGAAAAAGUAUUCACAAAAAGCUACUUCAUCUUCAUUAUGAUGUUAUCGUUUAAUCGGCAACCAAAUCAUUCGACUUAUAAUUAAUUCUUGUUUAAUUGCAUCGAUCAACGUUCCACAAAAUAGUCACUACAUAAUGUAGAGUAAAUGAAACUCGCAUCACAAUGAACAAAACUACUUACUAAUAACAAAAUGUGCGAUUAAUAGAGUAUUUGCUGCUACAUCACAAAUAUAAAACAAUGGUUACGCAAAACAACUUAGAUAACUUACACAUAUUAAAUCGAAAUUGAUAGCAGAUCAAAAACACCUACGUCCACACAUGUUGUUCAUUAUCUAUUUAAUAUUCUAGAAAUGAUGGAAAAGCAAAAAUAUGAAAAGCGUAAAAAAUUUAAAAAAAUUAAACUGCAUAAAACCUAGUUAAUAAUCGCUAAUGUACCAUUGAUCGGAAGAAACGACAAAAAAAACUCACAAAAAAUAAACCAGAAAAUAGAAAUUAUUCCAGUAUCGGUAAUGUCUUAAGCUUAGGAAUGUUUCUAUACAUUUUUUAUGGAAGCAGCCAUUUGAUAUAAACGGAAUAAUAUAAUAGUAAUGAGUUCUAUCUCGAGAUCGCUAGAUCGAGUUAUGUCAUGUGAAACUUUGGUCAAUCACCUAUACUUUCCUAGGUUGCACAUUUCACUUUCAAUUAUUAUUUUGCAGUGCAGGGCAGUGCAGUGAGUAGCGAGCACAAACAAAAAAAAUCUCUACUCCAUUCCCCCUUUUCCUCUUCAAAGCGUGACAUGCAUGAAUGGUCUCAAUUGCAGGAUUAUUCAAUAGUGAAAGAAAAUAGAUGAUAUGAUUGAUUCGACCUGUAAUUGAAUUUCAGAUACAUAUUAAUAAAAAAAAAUACGAAUCAAGCACGUUGA